UUUCCUGCUAUGUCCCAAGCCCCCUUUUGCCCUCUCUUGGCAGCCGCCUCCGCUUGACCCAGAAGACAGAGAUCCCUGUAGCAGAGAAUCUCCCAGCCCAGAAGGAUGCUAUUUCUCUCCUGGUUCGUUUGUCUCUCCAGCUCUCUCAGCAUGAGAGCCGCCAGCGAGCUCCACGAAGGAGGGAACCUCUUUGCCAAGCACGGAUGUUGCAAAAGGCGAGUGCGGUCCGUCUACAUUGGACAUGAUCUCUCUGGCAGCCAGGUGAGCAUUGACCUGGGCCUCUGCCAGGCGCACUGUGGUGGUACCCGAAGAAAGAGCGCAUCAGGUUUCGCCGGCAUCUCCCGCCAAUCCUCCAUGCUGGACUUCCUCAAGACCAAAAGGCUACAGGAGAGGUUCCCCAGCUCACUCGCAGGAUCCGAACCCUCCACCAGGUUACAGCAUUCCUGCCCAGCGAAUUACCGCUGCGAGCCCAGCAGUGUCCGGGUACAAGAGCUCCUGCUUCUGGAAGGCGUUCGACAGGUGGAGGUGAUUGAGGGCUGCCAGUGCAACGCUAGCCCUUCUGAAUGUCUUCGGCUGCCGUCUCUGAAAACCCUCUUCCCAGACUCCCCUCUGGAACAGACACUGGACGUCGGCAGGUGUUCCAAUCCAGAACAUCCUGAAGAGGGGCUUUUCUGCCUGCCCACGGAUUUCGACUCUGUUCUGAUGAAGACCCCAAAUGGGCACCGUUCGGUUCAGAUUGUGGGGAGCUGCCGGCUGAGGGAGUCCUGUUACCGGGUCUCCCACAUGGAAUACUACUACGAGGUGGUGCUCAACUCUGUGGGAGAAAAACUGGAGCUGAUUAAGGAAAUUGAUGUUGGAAGAUGCUUAGGGCAAUGUGACCCUGGAAGUCCUUGCCUGCUAAGGGACCCUCAGAGCCGAGGCAAGUGCCUUGUCUGGCGCGAAGACAUCUCCAGCUCCUGCAACCCUCACCAAUACCAGACACAUACCUUCCGGAGCCGAAGCGGGGAGCUGCGCACCGUCUUUGCCGUCCGAGCUUGCAAAUGCGGGGUCUUAAAGGGUCUGGAACAGGCGCCGCGCAAAAGACGAGGUUUAAUUUAGCAAGUCAAAGGGAGGAUGAUUCCGCUAGCCAACAUCUCCCCCAGGUUUGUCAAGAGAUGGCGAAUACAUGAAUAAAUGGGCGGGUUUUUUGGGGGGGGGGAAUUUCGGUUAUUUCAGCCUUCAAGACUCAAUAGUACACUUACUUAUAAGUAGCUAGAAUGAACAUUACAUAUUUUGGGGAGAAGUUUAGACGGGGCCAAGUUUCCUAUUUGGGAUAUUGUCCUGCUGGGACCAAAGGAAAAAGGAUGUUUUAGGACCUGUUUGGUCGACUUUAUUUCCUCUCUAAGCAAGGAGGGACAUGACCAAGGACAACCCCCCCCCCCGACCUAUGAUCAAAUAUGCCUGAAAUAGUGACUCAGGGCAUUUUAAUACUUUAAUAACUUUCCUCUGGUAUAACUGGGUCCAUGUUUUGUACUCUUUAACCAUUCUUGUUGUUUAGUCAUUUAGUCGUGUCCGACUCUUCGUGACCCCCUGGACCAGAGCAUGCCAGGCACUCCUGUCUUCCACUGCCUCCUGCAGUUUGGUCAAACUCAUCCUGGUCACUUCGAGAACACUGUCCCACCAUCUCGUCCUCUGUCGUCCCCUUCUCCUUGUGCCCUCCAUCUUUCCCAGCAUCAGGGUCUUUUCCAGGGAGUCUUCUCUUCUCAUGAGGUGGCCAAAGUAUUGGAGCCUCAGCUUCAGGAUCUGUCCUUCCAGUGAGCACUCAGGGCUGAUUUCCUUCAGAAUGGAGAGGUUUGAUCUUCUUGCAGUCCAUGGGACUCUCAAGAGUCUCCUCCAGCACCAGAAUUCAAAAGCACCAAUUAUUCGGCGAUCAGCCUUCUUUAUGGUCCAGCUCUCACUUCCAUACAUCACUACUGGGAAAACCAUAGCUUUAACUACAAUAUGACUAUAUAUGACUACAAUGGACAAAGACAACAGGCAAAAGGAUCCUAAGUACACAAAAUGUGAUGGAAGAACUGAAGAGGAUAAUCGAUGACAGUGAAAUCACGAAAGAAGAUGAUGCCUUAUGGCCGCAUCCUGACAGAGUUGACCGGCAGGAGCUUGGAAUUGUAACUGGUGGUGAACACAUCUCUUUAACCACAUCAAAAAUUGGUUCUCUUAUUGAUGUGAAUCAGUCCAAGGAUCCAGAAGGUCUCAGAGUGUUUUACUGCCUUGUCCAGGACCUCAAGUUUCUCGUCUUCAGUCUCAUUGGGUUACACUUCAGGAUUAAGCCAAUUUAAAUUGCAUGGAUUUAAAUUUGUACUGUCAAGUUUCUUUCAGUGGGGCCACUUUCCAUUCUUUAUCUCUCAUUGGUUUUAUGUGUGUCAGACUUUUUACAGAGUGAAUUUAAUAAAUGCUAAAAAGCUUU